GGCGCGUAUAAAAGCAAAACACCAUCAAUCCCAAGUAACCAUAGUACUACUAUUGCUCAAGUAUUUUCCAACACCCACAUCAAAAUUUUGUCAUUACAAUUGUUGUUAGUUCAGUGUCACUUAGUUGAGCUCAUUCUUGUCAAUGAUGGAGGAGGAACGUUAUGAGAUAUUGAGGGAGAUUGGUUCAGGGAACUUUGGAGUGGCUAGAUUGGCCAAAGACAAGAAGACAGGGGAACAAGUUGCUAUCAAAUACAUUGAAAGAGGAAAAAAGAUUGAUGCGAAUGUUCCAAGGGAGAUAGUUAAUCAUCGAUCUUUAAAGCAUCCAAAUAUUAUAAGGUUCAAAGAGGUAUUUUUGACCCCUACUCAUUUAGCCAUUGUCCUUGAAUAUGCUUCUGGUGGUGAACUUUACGAUCGGAUAUGCAACGCCGGUCGAUUUAGUGAAGAUGAGGCAAGAUUUUUCUUCCAGCAACUAAUAUCUGGAGUCAGCUAUUGUCAUUCCAUGCAAAUUUGUCAUAGGGAUCUGAAAUUGGAAAACACUCUAUUGGAUUUGGAUGGACGUUCAGUACCUCGACUGAAAAUUUGUGACUUUGGUUUCUCCAAGUCUGCUUUACUGCACUCUAAACCCAAAUCAGCAGUUGGAACUCCUGCAUACGUUGCUCCAGAGGUUUUCUCUCGAAAGGAAUAUGAUGGAAAGAUGGCAGAUGUUUGGUCAUGUGGUGUCACUCUUUAUGUGAUGCUAGUUGGAUCAUACCCAUUUGAUGAUCCUGAAGAUCCUAGAAAUUUCAGAAAGAGUAUUGCAAAUACAAUGAGUGUUCAAUACUCUAUACCCGAUUAUGUACGUUUAUCCGCAGACUGUAAACAACUUCUGUCUCGUAUUUUUGUUGCUGAUCCAGCUAAGAGGAUUACAAUAAUGGAGAUAAAACAACACCCUUGGUUUUGGAAGAGUAUGCCUAGAGAGAUAUUUGAGGGUGACAGACAAGGUUACAUGGAAACACAAAGAGACCAACCAAGCCAAAGUGUAGAAGAAAUCAUGCGGAUCGUAGGAGAAGCAAGAAAACCAGGACUUACAACCAAUGGUGCUGAUGUUGAUGGAAUUAUUGAAGAGGAAUUUGUUGAUGUUAGUAUCUGAAAACUUGUGUCACUUUGACCUUAAUUUUUGGUCACCGAAUUUGUUUACAAUUAUUAUUAUGUAGUAUUAGUUCUCUUAACAUUUUGGACACAAAUAAAUUUGUUUAAUUGAUUUUUUUGGACAAGUUUUUUUAAAUGAAUUGAAA